AUUAACUUGAAUGGAAAGUCAAAUCGCGUGCAAAGUGAACUCCAAACCUCUAGAUGGAAGUGUUUUAUAUUGAGUACACGAGAGCACUUUCUUACAUGUUGGAUGCCAACCGUAGAUCCGUCGAAGCCACGACAUCAUGCAACCAUAGCGUCUAAAACCGAUUCAGGAUCAGCGGACACGCAGUACAGUCCCACAACCAAAGAGUUCCUGUCUCUGGGAGAAGGUUGAAAAACCGAACAUGCGUGAGGAGGAGGAGGGUUCUAGGGUCAGGGCCAUCCCCCUCCACCAACGCCCGGACCUGCUCAUGCCGUGCGCCGACCUGGUGAACGCCGAGUGGCAGAGGAGUCGCGCCGCCCGCCUCCACGCCCUCCGGAAGUCCUGCCCGGGCUUCCCCGUCUGCCUCGUGCUGGUCCGGGGGGCCGAGGCCCUGGUGGGCCACGCCCGGCUCUCCCGCGUGGUCGGACGCAGCGACAGCCUCUUUGUGGAGUCGGUGGUGGUGUCCAAGGCGGAGCGGGGGCGGGGCUACGGCCGGACGCUGAUGGAGGAGACGGAGGUGUACGCCCGGGGUCGUGGGUUCAAGCGCCUGUGUCUGACCACGCACGACAAGCAGCACUUCUACGCCCACCUGGGGUACCGCUUGUCAGCCCCGGUGCAGAACGCAGGCGCCAUGACCAGCUUUGUGUCCAUGGAGGUUCUGCAGAGGUUCUCCAGAGGGGUAGGGGGCAGCCAGGGGGAGGGGAACCAGGACCUGGAACCUGGAACGCUCAUGACUGACUCGGGCACAUUUACCCCUUUGCCACCUCCUGCUGGUACCCCCCCUCCACCUCCCCCUCCUCCUUUUGGUUACCCACCUCCACCUCCUCCCUCUGGUCCUCCACCUUCAGGUCCGCCUCCACCUCUCCCUCCUCCGCCUCCAAUUGGUCUUCCAACUCCCCCUCCUCCAUACGUCCCCCCUCCUCCUCCUCCCCAGUUGCCAAGGCGACAGGUGGUCCAGACCCUGGAGGAGACCCCCUACAGAGACGCUAAAGGAAUGCCCAUCUUCUGGAUGCACAAGGACAUCUGACACCGGACACACACACACACAGUGGAGACUGACACAGUGGGGUGCAGGUCGUGGAGCGUGGACAUCAUGCGGACAGAGAAACUGACAGAGGAGGCGAAGAGGAGGGGGAGACGGAAGAGGAGGACAGGAGAACGACAGUGUUGCUCUCUUUCUGGUGGCUCGUUUGUCGUUAGCCGGCCUGCUAGAGGCUAAAGUUCUCCCGAUGGCUAGACUUGAACUCGAUAAACCUUAUCGACUGUACUGUAGCUGACGACACACGGUGCAACUGAAUUCAGUGCCUUUAUUUGUGUAGACCUGCAAUUUCUCACAGCCUCACGGCUCGGGGAUGAUGUCAGUCUUCCUGUCAGCUUGUGCCUAAUGCUAGUCUUCCUGUUCUGUUCAGCCUCUUUCAUUAACAGUGUCAUCAACUCCCCUCUGUGUCGUGUUGUUCUAGGUUCCGUGUGGCAGCAGCUUUCGUAUACAAAAUGAGUCCAUCUCCUUUCCCUCACUUGUCAAUCAUUGCUGCUGGAAUUAAAAAUGAUGUUCAAAUGAAACAAGGGGUUGUGUUUUGUGUUCCUGCCGAAUCCUGCUGAUGAUAAAUCAUUUGACUUGUUACUGGAACCAGUAUUUUUACAGUUUUCUUU